ACGUGAAGAAGGGAGGCGCUCUUUGCACCUGGGACCACCAUGGAGUGCGCCCUGCUGACCAGGGGCGGGCUGGGGGGCAGCACGCUAGCUCUACAGACCCCCAGGGCUACGUUUGCAGAUACACCGGCGCGCCUGCAACAGAAAAGCCUCCUCUUGCGCCAGCAUUCCCUCUUGCAAUCCGGUAGCAGAACCUCAUUCUUGAAGGAAGCCUCUUCUUUCCAUACGGCCAGGCAAUGCCGGCCACUCCUGCGCCGCUCCUCUGUCCGCGGCGCAGUGUCUCUGGCCGCUCCUGAAGCUGGUGUCCCCCCCCCAAAACAGGCAUUGGAGCUUGGUGGGGAAAUUCCGCUGACAGGGCUGCAGCCUGUCGUGAGAAACUUGUCGCAGCCUCUCAAGCUAGGGGUCUGCGCACUCUUGGUGCUGGGAUUGGGAGGAGCAGGGGCUGCAGUCGCAGGGAAAAACUGGAUUUUCGGAGCGAUUGGUGGGGCGGGUGUCGGACUCGGUGCGGCGUUUGCAGUGGAUAAAACGCAUAAGAGCCUGGCAGCCAUAGAACUGCACAAUGCUCUGGUGAAGCACCCAAAUGUACUGAAAGUGAAUAAGGCGGACAUCCACGCGAUAGCUGAGAGGUAUGGCGUCUCAACAAGCGAUGAGAAUUUCACCAAGGAGUUGAAGGGUCUGUAUGAUGCGUACCUCACGAGCAUUCUGCCCCCAGGCAAUGAGAACCUAAAGGGAGAUGAGGUGGAGAAAAUCAUCGCGUUUAAGGACGCGCUUGGGUUGGAGGAUGCAGAUGCGGCGCCCGUUCACAUUGAGCUCGGGCGGCGCAUCCACCGCUCACGUAUGGAGACUGGAGACAGAGAACUAGCCACGGCUGAGAGGAGGGCCUUCCAAAAACUGGUGUUUGUCUCCCAACUCGUCUUUGGAGAUGCCGCCGGGUUCUUACUGCCUUGGAAGCGCUCUUUUGAGGUGAACGACUCUCAGGUUGCAGUCGCCAUCAGGGACAACGGCCUGCGCAUCUUUUCAGAGGAGCUCAAGUCGUUGACAGGCCCUGAUGUUAGCAAGCUCCGGGAGCUGCGGCGGCUGCAGCGCAAGGUGAAGCUUGAUGAUGAGGUGGUGGCCGAGCCGGUGCGCACCAAGCUGCGGGAACUAGGGGAGGGGAACAUUCAGAAAGCGCUGGAGAUUCAGACGGCGCGCACGCGUAUCAAGGACACGGCGGCUGUGUUGCAGAACCUGCGGGACCUGCUGGCCUAUAAUAAGCAGCUGGAGGAUAUACAGAACCAGGAGGAUCCGGACAGCAUCGUGCCAGGCGUGGGUCCAAUCACACUCUCAGGCGGGCAGUACGAUUCGGACCGGACGAUGAAGGAGCUUAAGGAGCUGUACCGGCAGUACCUGGGGGAGGCGCUCAACUCGAAAAAGCUGGCGGACGACAAGGUUGCGGAGCUGGCGCUCCUGAAGAACAUCUUCGGGCUGGGCAACAAGGAGGCGGACGCGCUAACCAUGGAGGUAACCGCGCGGGUUUACCGGCGGCGGCUACGGGCAGCGGUGCAGGACGGGACGCUGGAGGGAGCCGCCAGCAAGGCGGAGUUCUUGGAGGAGCUGUGCGAUGACAUCCGGCUGGAUCCGGACCAAGCGUUCAAGAUCAACGAAGAGAUCUACCGGCAGAAGCUGGAGUCGUGCCUGGAGGACAAGAAGCUGGACGACGAGGACGUGAAGGCGCUGCAGCGGUUGCGCGUGCUGCUGUGUGUGCCCAAGGCCACUGUGGAUGCUGCGCACGACGAGCUGUGCGGCAAGAUUUUCACGGCGGUCAUCGACGAGGCCCUGUCCGAGAGCAUCGACGCCGUCACUCCCCAUGCGCUGGACCUGGUGCACAACUCGAAGCAGAAUUUGCGGCUGGAUCAGGACAUGGCAGUCAACAUCCUCAGCAGAGCGGUUCGUGCCAUCUUUUUGUCGUACAUCAAGCGCGCUCGUGCGCAGCCCAACCGGCUGGAGACGGCCAAGGAGCUCAAGAAGAUGGUCUUCUUCAGCAACAUGGUCGUGCGGCCGCUGCUCGAGGACGUCAAGGGCCAGAAGAUCGACAUCCAGGCGGAGCUGAAGGCGCUGGAAGCGGCGCCCGAGGAGGAGGAAGAGGAAGAGGAGAUCCUGGAGGAAACCGACGAGGAGAAGGCCCUCCCCAGCUCCCUCCGCAAGUCGCUGGUCGCCGCCAAGCGCGAGCAGCGCAAGGCGCAGAAGGGCAAGGGCGGAACCAUGAAGGCCCAGAAGGACAUCAACGUGAAGGACGAACUGGAGCUGCCGUACCGCCAAGAACUGUACCGUGGGUUCCUGCUUUACUGCCUGUCCGGGGACGUGGUCACGCUGCCGCUGGGCGCGCAGAUCGUGAUCGACCGCGACGAGAGCGAGUUCGUCCGGCUCGCGCAGCUGGGCGACAUCCUGGGGCUGUCGCCGGCGGACGUGUCGGGGGUGCACAAGGGCCUCGCGGAGCAGGCGUUCCGCACGAACGCGCAGAACAUUUUGAGCGAGGGCAUGCUGACGCCCGAGAAGAUGGAGCGGCUGACGAAACUGCGCGAGCAGCUGGGCCUCACCGAGGAGAUGGCUAACGCCGUCAUCCGCUCCAUCACCGCCUCCAAAAUGGUCUCCGGCGUCGAUUCCGCGAUCGCGAGCGGCAAGCUCACCAUCAAGGACGUGCGCGGCUUCCGGGAGUCUGGGGUUGACAUUGACAGCAUGGUAAACAAGGAGCUGCGCAUGAAGAUGUACAAGAAGCACAUUGAGACCCUGCUCUCCUCCGGCACCGGCAUCUUCGACGAGACCGAGGUCUACGAGACGCUCCCGAACAACCUGGGGCUCGACGUCGCGCGCGUGAAGAAGCUGGCGCAGGACCUCGCGAAGGAACGCAAGCGCGGCGCGCUUGUGCAGUCAAUCUCGCUUUUGCGCCAGAAGCGGCAGAAGGAGCUCGCAGCCGAGGUCCGGAACCUGAUUGCAGCGGACCGCGCAGCGCCGGAUGCAAAAGCGGAGUGGGGCGUGCAGGACGAGUUACUGGACUUGUACGGUGUCUUUUUGAGUGAGAAACCAACGGACGAGGAGAAACAAAGAUUAGCCCGGAUCUUGAAAAUCGACGACGACACAGCGAAAAGGUUAGACGAAGUCGUGAAGUCAGGGAAUUUCGAACUUGCAGAGGUGGAAGACGACAAUAGCAUCUUCUAGAACCGACUUUUUUACCGUAUUGGAAUGCCUUGAGGCACCUUCCCUAGCAGUCUUAAGUGUCACCGUCAUCCAUGUCUAAUCCACUUCGAU